GGUAAAAGUGUUUUGCUGAUUGACGAUCUUACUUUUAGCUAAAAUGCCUCUCAAGUGUGUCCACAAAGGUUGUGGGAAGGACUUUGAGGACCCGGAUGAGCCUUGCCACUACCAUCCUGGCCCGCCAGUGUUCCAUGAGGGGCACAAAGGCUGGAAAUGCUGCAAACCGCGUGUGCUAAACUUCGAUGAAUUCCUCGAGAUCGCGCCGUGCACGGUUGGAAAACACUCGACAGUGGAUGACACGCCCGCAGCAGAACCACAGAGAGCAGGCAUAGAAACAGAGGAGAUAACAGAAGGCGCAGUUCUCAAGACCGCUCCCAUUUCUCAGACGCGGCCCAGCCAUCCCCCAGUGACACUCGGGGCUACUGGAGUACACACUCCUACUCCGAGCGGCACUCCGGCCCCUCCGGAGUCAGAAUCCGACGAUCCUUCGCUGGAGAUCGCUGCGAAUUCGGUAUGUCGCCGAAGGGGCUGCAACGAGAAAUAUAGUCCCGGCGCUUCGAGAGACGAGGAGGAAUGCGUGAACCAUCCCGGACAACCGAUAUUCCAUGAGGGGAGCAAAGGAUGGAGCUGUUGCAAGAGACGAGUCUUGGAGUUUGACGAGUUUAUGAAAAUCCCCGGCUGUAAUACAAAAAAGAGACAUCUAUUCAUUGGUAAAGGGAAGAAAGGGGAGGAAAAAGUUGACACUGUUCGCACGGAUUUCUAUCAAACGCCCUCCACAGUGAUUGUAUCAUUUUAUCUGAAGAAGAUCGACAAGGACACGGCGAAGGUUAAUUUCUCCUCUCCGAACACGAUCGAAUUUGACCUCCCAACUACGGAUAAUAAGCGAUUUCGAGAUACCUAUGAGCUGUUCGCGCCCAUCGACACGGAGAAGUCGCAAUACAAGAUCAUGGGAACUAAAAUGGAGCUGACAUUGGUUAAGGCUGACGGUUCGAGCUGGCCGGUCUUACGAAGCGACGACAGGAGGACUGGGGAGAUUAUUCAAACUGGACGGGCAACGAAGGCAUGAGCAUAGCGACGACGAUAGGAGAAUAUGACGAUUACGAACCAAGUGACGCAUUAAUACGUGAUUUUGUAGGACCUGGAAGCAGGCCAAAGGCCUGAAGCCGGAGAGGAACGUUGAG